GGCGCGGCGGGCGCGCGCAGGCGCGGGGCGGGGCGGGCGCGCGGCGCUGAUGCAAGAGCCGAGCACGGACUGACCCCGCGGCACCGACCGACCCCGGCUCCUCCGGCCCGCGGCCCCCGCCGCAGACAUGUCCGGCGACGAGAUGAUUUUCGAUCCUACUAUGAGCAAGAAGAAGAAGAAAAAGAAGAAGCCCUUCAUGCUGGAUGAGGAAGGAGGAGACACACAAACGGAAGAGACUCAGCAAUCAGAAACAAAGGAAGUUGAACCACAGCCAACAGAAGACAAAGAUGUUGAAGCAGAUGAAGAAGACAGCAGGAAGAAAGAUACAACAGAUGACUUGGAUGAUUUAAACUUCUUCAAUCAAAAGAAAAAGAAGAAAAAAACAAAAAAGAUAUUUGAUAUAGAUGAAGCAGAAGAAGGUGUAAAGGAAUUGAAAAUUGAAGGAGAUGUGCCAGAGACAGUGGAACCUGAAGAUGACCUUGAUAUCAUGCUGGGCAAUAAAAAGAAGAAAAAGAAGAAUAUGAAGUUUCCAGAUGAAGAUGAGAUAAUGGAGAAGGAUGAAGCAUUUGAGGAUGAAGAUAACAAAAAAGAUGAUGGAAUAUCUUUUAGCCUUCAGUCAGGACCUGCGUGGGCAGGCUCAGAAAGGGACUACACAUAUGAUGAGUUGCUCAAUAGAGUUUUUAACAUCAUGCGGGAAAAGAACCCGGACAUGGUGGCUGGAGAGAAGCGGAAAUUUGUCAUGAAGCCCCCGCAGGUUGUGAGAGUAGGGACCAAGAAAACAUCUUUUGUCAACUUCACAGAUAUCUGCAAAUUAUUACAUCGUCAACCAAAACAUCUCCUGGCAUUUUUGUUGGCAGAAUUGGGUACAAGUGGUUCGAUAGAUGGUAACAACCAACUGGUAAUCAAAGGAAGAUUCCAGCAAAAACAGAUAGAAAAUGUCUUGAGAAGAUAUAUCAAGGAGUACGUGACCUGUCACACGUGCCGCUCCCCCGACACCAUCCUGCAGAAGGACACCAGGUUAUACUUCCUGCAGUGCGAGACCUGCCACUCCCGCUGCUCCGUGGCCAGCAUCAAAACCGGCUUCCAGGCUGUCACAGGCAAGAGAGCACAGCUCCGUGCCAAAGCUAACUAGGUUUGCUAAUCAACUCUGGAGUUGGCAAAGUGUUCUGGGGAGAUGGGACUGGACAGGGUUGCAAUCAGAGUGGAUUGUACCAUUGUAUUAAAGCAAGGUUGUAAAAACGACAAGAAAUUUGGCUUUUGAUUGAUUGGUCUGUGAAAUCCUUGCAAGAUGCAGAUCCUCAAGCUGUUCACGUACAUUUGCUCAUUGAAUAUAUUUUACCAACUGUAAGGAGCGUGGUGGGAAAGGAGGUGCUUUUUAAUCCGUUCAGACUUCUGUAAAACACAAGAUAAAUUAAAGAUACUAUAACAGUGA